AUGCCGGGCGUGGAGGUGAUGAGGCCUUCGGUGGAUUCACCAGAACGGUCGCUUCUCAGGUCCCACAAGUCACUCCAGCAAAGCGGCAUUGUAACCUCUAUUGACGUUGCCCAACCGGUCUCGCCGGAGCGAAAUGGUACACUUCCGGCGCCAGCUCUUCCGCUGACUCCACCCGGUGCGAUUCACGAUGAUUCCAUGGAGGACGAAAUCACGCCCCGGAAAGCCGAUUCACGCUCCGAGACCCAGACGGCAAUAUUGACACCGCGUCGGCUCUCCAAACCACCAACACCAGAUGUCACACCUCCCCGAACAAGUUCGAAUAAACGUCCGUUGCUCAAUAAUCUCGUCCAUCUUUCUUCCUCGUCACGAGCCGAGUCUUUUCAGACCGCAUUGGAAAGUAUCUCUUCGGAUGGUGACAUGGAUACGCCGGGUCGAGUACCCUUAAAUGUGUCGCAAAGGGGCCGACCGAGGGUGCCUUCUUCACACCAGGAUACGCCGAGUGGAUACCGGAUGAAGCUCGGCUACGCGAAAGAUACUCCUCCGUCAGCCUCUCAGCCCCAUAGUGAGACAGGAUAUGAAACAGGCUUCGAAUCGUUCGAUGGUGAAUGGGCGACCAAUCAGAUCGAGGGAUUCCGAACGCCUUUCACUGGGAAACAAAAGCGCCCAAUGAUUCCAGAUCAAAGAAACGUUUCACCAAGUUUUGGAAAUGGCACGCUGGACGUCCUGUCUCUUGACGCUUCUUUGACCCGCGAGAAGAACCUGCGCGAUCGAGUCCGCAAGACUCCCGACUUCACCGAAACUCCGUCCAUGGAGCGAUUUCGUGAGGAGAUCGGAUGGCCAUCCUACGAGGCCUCCGCGGCGGGUGAUCCAGAAUCUCGUCGAUUGUCAGGUCUCUCCACAACUUCCACAGUGGAAGCUAUGAUUAUUGACUCGCCAAAAAGAAGCCAACGAUUGUUACGACACUCCGAAAAGCGUAGCUCUCUGCGCUCGGCUAGUUCCCCUGUGACCAAAUCUGAACGGACUUCAACUCCAUCGAAUCCUGACUCCCAACAUCGCCUGGUUCAUAAGGCUGCUCGUAUCUCGGAAUAUGAUCGCCGAAGUAUCUCCUCAGACGUGUCAUUCUCCACGCGGACUGUUGCCAGUGCUCCCCGCACGUCGGUCGAUAUCAUUCCUGUGGUCGUUGUACCAGAGAGAAAAUCAUCUCUGAAAGCAGGGACCGGAAGCCACAACAGCCAGAUUUCCUCCAAUCGGGGUUCUCAAAAGUCCAGUCGAGGUCCCCCAGUGUCAUCCGAGAACUCUAGCCAAGUGAAUGUCCCACGACAAAGGAGAAGAAACACUUCUGAAUCGGCAUCUGCACAGCCUCAAGAUCGGGACUCGAGGGGUCGUAACUUUGGCAGGCCGAUCAUCCCACCGCGCAGCUCCUCGCUUUCUGCGGCCACAAGCCGAAACCAUUCUCGUGCCACAUCACUCACGUCAGAAAGCCUGCGAAGUCACACCUUGGCCAUGGACUUGGAGAUGCAGAAACGCCGCGAGCACCAACCUGUAUCACCACCUCGCCACAAUAUUCUGGCUUCCAAUGCCAAUGCCUCGAAGAAGGAGGGGGAUCAGGUAGACCGACCCCGGUUGCCGACAUUUCUCCUCAAUAGUGCAGAGGAUGUGUCAACUUUGCGCCCGCCGUCAAUGCCGUGUACUCAGUGGUCAAUACCGUCAUCCUCUCCGGGACCUAUUGAGAUCCGCGAAGCCACUGCAGUUAGUAUGUUUGCACACAAUAAUCGCUCUCUUCUUUUGGUUGAGCAACGACUCCCGGGGCCUGAAGUCCAUACUCUUCAAGCCUUCCAUCAGAUUCGCAAGCAAAUUUCCAAUCCUCAUACUCCGGAUAACCCUAUUGAUCCUGCAACACUGAACGUGGACUCUCCAUUGAAGAAUCCUCGACCACCACCAAAGCCUCCAGUUUCCAAGCCACUCCCACCAGUUCCUAUUCCUCCCAAACAUAAUACUGUUGGUUUUGGUGGUGGACUGAGUCGACAUGGUUCUACUCGCCGCACCUUUACCGCCCGGCCUCGGUCAAAUUCCUUCAAUAAUCUGGUGCGUUCCCUUUCUAUCAAGUCAGCAAAGAACCGCAAAGCAGGGAUGGAGGUGGAUAGUCGUCUUCAUCCCAUGUGGCGUCCUCGUGGCUUUUGGGAGGACAUAUCUGGAUCCCCUAAGAAAGGAAACACAGCUCGACAGAGUCUCCAGAGCCCCAAUGACAUGCAGGUGGUCAACAACUCACUGGGACUUCCUCAGUCACGACUCAUCAUUGAAGGUCCACCGGCCUUGGCUCGCCGUAGUCCCGAAAUGAGACGUCUGUUCAACGGGAUGCCCUCUGCAGCGCACUACAAUGCUAGCAAUGGCAGUUUGGUAGACCGGGGAAUGUUCCGUAGCGGGUCACCGCUGUACCAACCUCGCUACCACGCUCUUUCUCGAUGGGGUGUUCGUCUUCGAUCAUUCAACCUCCGAAAUGUGCGGACUCGCCUGCGACGCAUGCGUCAGAGACGUGAUGAGAGGAAACGAACAACACGCCGAGAUAAUCUCAAACAGAGCAUCGGCGGACCAGUCCAUGUAGUAUCCAGUGCUACUCAUGGUAUAACGCGUUGA